AUGUCAAUCGCGAAGAUGUUUUCUCUGCGGCGAAGCGAUCGACUGGACCCUCGCAGCGCGACGGCAUUCGCCCGCGUCCUCUUUAUAAGCCUGCUUGCUCUUACUCUAUCGGGGGCGGCGGCGGCGGGCGCAGCAGCAGCCGGUUGCGAGGCGUCGACCCUGUCGGGUUACCAGCAUAUGCGAGACCUCACGGGGCAAGGGUUCAUUCUCCACUGGUCGCUCGCGACUCCCAGCCGACUCGACAUCGCGGUCGAGGCGAAGCCGGGGAGCGGCGCGGAGAACGGAUGGAUCUCCGUGGGGUGGUCCGCGAACGGGAAAAUGGCUCCCGCGGACGCCGUCAUUGGUAACCUGCCGGGCGUCGCGGUCGGCGCGUACGACAUCAGCGGAUACGACGGAACGACCGUUGUCGCUUCGACGACCUUCAAGAUCUCCGGAGGGCUGCUGAGCAGCGCCAACGGACGCAGCACGAUCAUCAAGUUCUCGCGCUCCCAGGGCGACGGAGGGAGCGCCCCGCUCGUCCUCACAGGUCCAGCCACCAACACCAUCAUCUGGGGCUACUCCGCUGCUGCCAGCAAGGCUCUGGACUACCAUGGCACCUUCCAAGGCUCGGCUAAGAUCAGCUUCAACUGCGGCGGCGGCAACUCCACCGCCACCACCCCUGUCCCUACUCCGGCAACACCCACUCCUGCUCCUGGUAGCACUGGUGCUGGUGGCGCUGGUGGCAGCACCAGCGGCGGCACUAGCAGCGGCAGCGGCAGUGGUAGUAGCAGCAGUGGCGCGGCUAAUUUGCCGGCGUGUGAUGCGUCCACGCUGGCAGGAUACGAGCAUUCCAAGGACCUCACGGGGAAAGGGUUCCUCCUCCACUGGACGCUCACCCCUGCCGGCCAGCUGGACAUGGCACUAGAAGCCAAACCGGCCAGUGGCGCCAACAAGGGGUGGAUUUCGCUGGGUUGGUCGGCGGCCGGCAAGAUGUACCCUGCAGAUACGGUCAUUGGGAAUCUCCCGGAUGGGUCCGUGGGCGCUUAUGACAUGAGCGGUUACGACGCGUCUGCUGUGCUUCCUUCGACCAAAUUCAAGAUCAGCAAGGCAUCGACGGUUGCUGCCAACGGCGGCAGCACCAUAAUCAAGUUCUCGCGCUCCAAGGGCGACGGAGGCAUCUCCCCGCUCGUCCUCACAGGUCCAGCCACCAACACCAUCAUCUGGAGCUACUCCGCUGAUGACAGCAAGGCUCUGGACUACCACGGCACCUUCCGUGGCUCCGCUAAGAUCAGCUUCAACUGCAACAGCAACGCCGCUCAGUGGCGACAGUUUCAUUCUCCACUGGAAGGCCAACGCCUCGACCAUCAGCUUCGCCUGCGAGGUGGCAACCACCGGGUGGCUACGGCGGUUGAGUCGGGGGCCAAAGGGAAGACGGUGGUAAAGUUUACCCGACAGCUGUCGGUUGGGUCGUUCCCUAUCAAUGCGAACGGCGUGACUAAGGUCAUCUGGGCUUACUCGGCUGAUGGCUCCCAGUCUCUCGCCAACCACAUGACCAACAGAGGCUCUGCGUCCAUCGAUUUCAUCUCUGGAAGCACAACGGUUUCGUCCACUGCACCGCCCUCAACCACUCUCUUAGUCGUCCACGCAUGGCUGCUCGGCAUUGCGUUCGGCAUCCUCAUGCCAGCUGCUAUUCUCAUCUCGCGAAUCUUCCUCGCCGAUAAGCUCCAGGAGCGUCCGCCUGGUGUGGACCACGACAAGUGGGAGGCGCAGGUUGCGCGCGCGAAAUCCUGGAAGCCGCUUGCGUUUGAGACGCACAAGUGGAUGCAGAUCACCGCGGUUGCGAUCGCUAUCGCGGGGUGUAUUAUCGUGUUUGUGCAAUCCGGCUCGGUGGGGCUGCAGAGCUCCCACGGACAGCUGGGUCUCGCGAUCUUUGUGCUGAUUUUCGUGCAGCCUAUGAUUGGUCACUUCCGGCCGAACAAGGGUACAGUGAAUCGGCCGACGUGGUUCGUCAUCCACUGGGUGCUCGGCAUUGGUAUUGUCGGACUCGCGUGGCUCAACACUUUCCUCGGAUUCGACAUCAUGCAGACAAAAUACUCGUUCAACCUCCAGUGGUGCUAUAUCAUCUUUGGGGUCACAGUUGGCCUUCUGGGAGCCAUCUACCUUGUCAUUUACAUCACGGAUCAGGUUGUCGCACUCAUUUCGAUGAUCCAAAAGGCAACAACCUCAAACGAGGAGAGGGAUGCAGGGAAGCAACUGGUGAUAAAUCAUGUACCAGUAUAG